AGUGAGCUCUUUAUGCGCCUAGCUUCGCACAGCUGACGCCCUAACCUCACUUUUUUCAUCUCCCCCCUAUUCCGCGACUAUACACACUAUCUCUCUCCUUAUCUCUCCACAUACUGUCGUCCUCGAUUUCCUGGCCGAUGCUGCUCUCGAGGAUAAUGCGACAGCGUUGCGGGAGUCGCCGUGUCGAUAACUAGUGUUGCCGCUUUCCAUCCCGGGAGGCGGAGCAAGGACUGGACUCGCUGGACCAGCGGACGACGACGAGGGCAAAGCGACAGUGCGGGACGCUUCGACGGCACCAUGGGCAAUCAGCUGGUGGGAAUAGCGCCGAGUCAGAUAUUCCCCGUCGAGCAUUAUCUCACCGAUCACAGCGAUCUGAGAUUCGAUGUUAGCCUGGGAAGCACAAGAUUUUUCAAGGUAGCCAGAGCUCGCAGUCAAGAAGGUCUAAUUGUAGUAAAGGUCUUCGCGAUCCAUGAUCCCACCCUGCCUUUGUCAACGUAUAAGGAUAAAUUGGAAGAAAUAAGAUCCAAGUUAGCCUCUGCAGUUAACUGUUUACCGUUCCAGCGGAUGAUACUGACAGAGAAAGCAGGUUUUAUUAUGAGAGAGUAUGUCAAGUACUCGUUGUAUGAUCGUAUAAGUACGAGGCCAUUUUUGUCGAGCAUAGAAAAGAAAUGGAUCACAUUUCAAGUAUUGUACGCCUUGCACCAAGCGCACAAGUUUGGUGUCUGUCAUGGGGAUAUUAAACUCGAAAACAUAAUGAUAACCAGCUGGAACUGGGUUUUACUAACAGACUUUGCAAGCUUUAAGCCAACUUAUCUGCCAGAGGAUAAUCCUGCAGAUUUUUCAUACUUUUUUGAUACAUCUAGAAGAAGAACAUGCUACAUUGCACCAGAGAGAUUUGUUAAAACGUUGACUUCAGAACCCAACAAUACCCUGCUCUUUCAAGAACUUAAAACAGGAGAUUUGCAUCCCAUGAUGGAUAUUUUUUCGGCCGGUUGUGCUUUGACUGAAUUGUACAAUGAAGGCCACCCGCCUUUCGAUUUCUCUCAACUUUUAGCUUAUAGAAACGGCGACUACUCUGCAAGCAAGCACCUUGAUAAUAUAGAAGACGAAGGCAUUCGAGAAAUCUUGGCCUCGAUGAUCGAGAAAAAUCCGUCGAAUCGCAAGAGCGCUGAAUUGUAUUUGUCACAGGCACGAGGCAAAGUGUUUCCAGAAUAUUUUUAUGGAUUUCUACAGUCGUACAUGCAGAUCUUCUCGGCAGCGCCGAUCCUCUCACCCGAUGAAAAGAUCAGUAGACUGAAAAAAGACAUCGGUAAUAUUACCAGCAUGUUUCACGAGGAAAUCCAGGAGAGACGGCAGAGCGUCGAAAUGUCAAAGUCGAAAUGCGAAAAGAGCACAGAGUUGUCGAAACAACCGUCUGGUCACAGUGAAGAAAAUACGGUGAUCGAGAAUGACAGCGAUCAAAGCUUGGAAAAGAUCGAGCUAGACAUUAAAGAUGCUCCAAAAUUGGACUCAUUAGAUUCUCCAGCUGAUGAAGAAAAAGAAGAAGUAAAGGAAAGCAAAGCAGCUGUGGAAAAUGUGGACACCGAGGAGGGACUUGUCAUUAUCACGCAGCUUGUUACGUCGUGUAUUCGAGGACUGCAUCAUUCGCAAUCUAAACUGCAAAGCUUAGAAAUUCUGCUCGAGUUGGCCGAAAAUACGUCGGACGAAACUAUUCUAGAUAGGAUUUUACCAUAUAUUUUUCAUUUGGUUCACGAUCCUGCGCCAAGAGUGCGAGUGUCAGCCAUACACACUUUAACAAAGUGUCUUUAUCUCGUAAAGACGAUCCCGCCCUCGGAUGUCAACAUUUUCCCGGAAUACAUACUGCCAGGGCUAGCCCACCUCACACAAGACGAGGCGGUGAUCGUUAGAGCUGCCUACGCUGAGAAUAUCGCUCACUUAGCUCACAUUGCACUUCGAUACCUAGAAAACUCUCAUUUGUCGACGGUAGAAAAUAAAGAGACGCAGAGGCCGAGUUAUGACAGCGAACUUCAGGCUUUGCAUGAAAUGGUUCAGCAAUCAGUUUCAAUGUUGCUCACGGAUCAACAAAAUUUAGUCAAACAAACUCUAAUGGAGAACGGUAUCAAUAAGCUUUGCGUAUUUUUCGGCAAACAGAAAGCUAACGAUGUUUUACUCAGUCACGUAAUCACGUUUUUAAAUGACAAAGAGGACAAGCAACUGCGAGGUUCCUUUUUUGAAUGCAUCGUUGAUGUGGCUGCGUACGUAGGCUGGCAUUGUAGUCCUAUACUGAUGCCUCUACUUCAACAGGGACUGACAGACCCAGAAGAGUUUGUGACUACAAAAGCUAUUAGCGCGAUGGCAACUUUGACGGAACUUGGCCUCUUACAUAAAUCUGCUUUGUAUCAAUUGCUUUCUGAGACUGUUGUAUUUUUAGUUCAUCCUAAUUUAUGGAUAAGGCACGCAACUGUAGGAUUCAUAUCAGCAGCCGCGCGAACUCUCAACAUAGUCGACGUGCAGUGUAAGGUUCAACCAAUGAUACAGCCAUACUUGAAGCAUCCGCUUAUACAGAUAGAAAAGGAAGUCUUAUUGUUAGAAGCAUUAGUUACACCGAUACCUCGUGUUGUUCUCGAUUCUGUGAUAAAAUAUAACGACAUCGAAGAACUUUUCCACGUUUUCGAGCAGAGACAAGUUGCUAGGGCCAAGGCUGUUACGGGAAUUGUUCCCCAGUACAACGAUAUGAGCACAGCUUUGCGUAAUCUCUUUAGACGCCUAAGUUCAGAAACAAUGACUGAAACCGUAGAAGAUCAGCUGCUCGUAAUGAAGCCACACUUAUUGAAAAUCAACAAGUAUCGGCAGUCGGCUGAGUCGAAGCAACAGCCGUCUCCGGUCGACGGUAAACUCGAACUCGGACCAUUGAAGCAUAAAAUUAGUCACCACGUAGUCGUUCUCUAUCCCGAUACCAAGAGCGACAUAGGGCUUCCAUCGUUCAAAAAGUUGGACCGCAGAACGUCCGACAGCACUGCUACCUACGCCUCGAUGAAUCAAGAGUGGCGCACUAUGUUUGCGGCUCAUGAUAAUAUUCAACAUUCGGCAGUAAAAAUUUCCGACAUGUCAACAAGCGGAGGCAGUCCUAGUCAGAGUAUUCACGGAGGCGAUAUUCAUUUAUCUCCGCAGCAUAGUUUGUCUGACACUACGAACAGUAUCAAUGAUCACUCUCUUCACGAAAGGUCCUACAUCCAGUUCGCAACACUUUAUGGUUUUGCAGAUAGAUGCGCGCCUUGUCGGUUAGAACUCAGGCAGCUCAGUUACAGAAAGCAGGAGCAACAUGCAUCAGCCGUUAGGGCUCAACACUGGGCUGAUAAUAUUGCGUGGCAAGCUGGUUCAAGACUACUGCCUAGUGGUUGGAGACCUCGUGGAGUUCUUAUAGCUUAUCUUCACGAGCACAGAGCUGCCGUUAAUAGAUUGGUUUCGGUGCCAGACACUAGUCUAUUUGCUAGCAGUUCUGCUGACAGUUGCAUAAAAAUUUGGGAUGCUAGUAAAAUGGAAGGAAGAAACUUAGCUAAUCGAUCAAGACAAACAUACAUGCAUAGAGGAGGACCGUUAGUGGGUCUGGUUGUUUGUGAACAGGGCCAAUCACUGGCAAGUACAGCUAGCCAGUCUGGAACGGUGUUCGUAUUGAGAAUUGAAUCCAACUCUAGUAAGAUGAACGUACUGUAUUCGAGACAGUUGGACAUGCAAGAAGAGGGCUGUGCAGUAGAUCUGCAAUAUCUGGACUCAGGAUCGCAAUCCGUUCUCGUCUACGCAACACUUUACGGUUCCUUGAUCGGUUGGGAUCUCAGGUGUCCUGGAACCGCUUGGAGACUCGAAAAUGACUUGAAGCAUGGUGUUAUUACGUCUUUUUGUAUCAACAAUUAUCAGCAAUGGCUCACUCUUGGUACUAGUUCUGGAGUGCAUAUAUGCUGGGAUUUGAGAUUUCAGCUGCCGAUCAGUAAUAUUAAACAUCCAACAGGAGCACGAGUCAGAAAAGUAAUAACCCACCCAACGGAACAUUCUUGGAUAAUAUCAGCGGUUCAGGGCAACAAUGAAAUAUCUAUGUGGAAUUUGGAGACGGGCUUUCGGCAGAUGGUGCUUUGGGCCUCGAGUGCACCUCCUCUCAGUCAUUCACAGGGCGGGCAUAGUGUCUGUGCAAUGCAUUCUGCUUGUAUAGAUCGUUCGGGCUUCUUACUUGCAAGUGGUUCCGACAUGAGACUAAGAUUUUGGAAUCUGCAUGCACCUAACGAGUCCUACGUCGUCCUGCCGGCUGCUAAUGAUUCGUUAACACUCAAUUCGUUGGCUUACGAGCAACGGCUGAUAGAUGGUACAAAUGUAGUGCAGGAGGUGCUAGCCGGUGGAACGAGCGGUCCAAGUUCGUCAGGCAGCUCGAGCAUGCGAAGUCGAGGUAUUGAGGAAGGUGGCCCGGGUCCCGAAAUGCCGCACCCAGGUCAUCACGAUACUAUCUCCGCAGUGGCCAUGUCCAAUACUUGCAUACUCACAGGCAGCACCGAUGGCCUCGUUCAAGUUUGGAAGUGAUGCACUCUUACCUCUGCGCGUACGUCUGCGGACUGGGCAUUGUCAUAUGAAGAUCGCAUAUUUUUUUAAUCUUAAUUUUUGUGAAAUGUUGUGACUCAAAAUGCUGCAUUUGAGAACAACUACGUAGAAGUUAAAAUUAUACGAUACUAUUUUGAGGUCUGGAGGUAAGACGUAGACUCAUCAUUUGUAAAGAAAAUUUUGAUAUAUUUCACAAGUCCAAUGUUGGAUCUGCUCAAAUACAGCAUCUUCAUAGUCGAUUCUUUAACCAGCAUUGUAUAUUCUGUUUAAAUUUGCAGUACAUCACCUGGUUAAAUGUCAACACGCUAACCGUGAGUAAUUAGCUGCAAAGACUCUCAUUGCCCGCAAUGACUGUUUUAUAAUUGAAAUUGAGUAGGAUAUAGGUUCAUUACACGGUAUUUGUUAAAAUGAGGUUUGCCUACGAUCAUGUACAGUCUCAGAUGGACGUAUUAAUCUCCAAAAUGAGACAGAGGCGUAGAUAGAUCGUAACAGACAUUCGCGGUAGCGCAUCCGCCACUUGAAUUCGUGUUACGUAUAAUGCUGUGAUUACGAUGUGUAAGUAAUAUAAGUAUGUAAAAGAUACGUUAUACAAAGAUUUACAUAUGUAGGUGACGUUGUUUAAAGCUCGAUACUGACUUAUCGUAUGCUUUUGAACAAAUAAUUCUAGUAUGUAUAAAUAUUGUAAAAAAAGUUAUUUUUGUACAUACAGCAUGACUGGAUCAAGGGUAGGGAUUAACUAUAAGUACACAUAUAAUUACUUUUAAAAUUUUUUGAUUUACUCGGAGCAUGUAAAUCUGUAAAUAACGCUUGUUGAUUAGAAUUGUUGAAAUGAUUCAUGUGAUUUAUAGCUACGUUGAUUUUUACGGAAUACUUGUAAAUUUGAGAAUCCGUAUAAUUUUUUAUUUUCGUUGCAAAUGUGAAGCGAGGUGAUACGAUUGAGUAACGUUCAUGGAAAGUUUUUAUGACUACAUAUAUGACAUUCAUGAAAAAGCAAAACUAAAAGCGACAAAUGGUUUUGAAAGUAAUUGCAUGUCUAAAAGUUUGGUAACUACAAAACAAUUGUUCUGCAAUAUAUAAUUCUAGUUGUACAUAUAAUAAUGGAGAAAAUGUAAGUUCUUGAUGAGAAUGGAAUUUAGAGAUUUUACAUAGAAAUGUAUUUACAAGCAUGUGAUGCAAAAGUAUAGUUGACGCGUAUACUUUGUAUGUGACGAUGUGCAGAUAAAGAACGCUAGUGACUUUUAAGAAUAUAGUAAUCAUCGUGCAAAUUGGUCUCUGUAAGAAUACGUCGUUUUGACUGAUAAUGCAUAUACUCACGACCAAUUCCGCGACAUAUUGUAUACAGACAUUGUUAUAAUAAAUCGUUAUUUUUCACACCGUA